UAUUCCAUUGUUACUAGCAUUUUCAUUUUGAAAAUAAUAAAUAAAUAAACAAAACUCAUCAGGUUCUAUCUAUGAUCACAGACGUGAAAGCUGCAGGUGCAGGUGCCUUGGGUGCCAAGACAGCACGAGCGUGUGAUAGCUGCCUGCGCAGGAGAGCGCGGUGGUUUUGUGGAGCUGAUGAUGCUUUCCUCUGCCAUGGCUGCGACACUUUGGUUCACUCUGCAAAUCAGUUAGCCAGCAGACAUGAAAGGGUUCGUCUUCAAACUGCGUCCUCUGAAAAGGUAACCACUACACACGCAUGGCACAGUGGAUUCACACGCAAGGCAAGAACCCCACGUCACAACAAGCACUUGGCUCUGCAACAACGUCUCAAAGACCAUGUGUUCUUCAACAACUCUAGUUUUCUUCCCGUUGUGCCAGAGCUCGGAGGUGAAGAAUCACCGGUUGAUGAUGAGACUGAGGAUCAGCUCCUUCUUCGUGUGCCUGUGUUCGAUCCAUUCGAUGUUGAACCUUGCAAUAUAUAUAACCAAAGGAAAAAAGAUGCUGGUUAUGAAGAAGAAGAAGACUGUGACUUGGACAAUUUCUCUGAGUUUCUCCCAUCAGACAUGGAUCUUGCUGAGUUUGCUGCUGAUGUUGAAAGCCUACUUAGGGGUGGGUUUGAUUAUAAAGAAGAAGAUGAAACAGAUAAAUAUGCCAAAAGUUCAAUGGUUAAGGUUAAGGAUGAAGAACUUGAUGCUGAUACGGGUUUUGAUUUGGAGUCAGUUCUUGACAUGACAAGCAAGGAUGCCUUUCAUUGGAACAUUGACUCUGUGCUGUCACCGGCAUCAACUGCAAAGGAAGAGGAGGAAAAGGUGGUGGUGGUGCCUGUGAUGGCAAGUAAUACUAGUGUGAGUAAAGAGGGAACAAAGAGAGACAUAUUUUUGAGACUAAACUAUGAGGAGGUUAUUACUGCUUGGGCCAGCCAAGGUUCUCCAUGGACAACAGGAAAACCACCUAAGUUCAACUCUGAUGACUUCUGGUCAAACUGCUUGGGUUCGAGUGAUGCAGAUGGGGAAGUAAGAAGCUUAAGGGGGCACCUAGUAGGGAAUGGAGAUGGAGGUAGAGAAGCAAGAGUAUCGAGGUACAGAGAGAAGAGAAGGACUCGUUUAUUUGCAAAGAAGAUUAGGUACGAAGUAAGGAAGUUGAACGCUGAGAAGAGACCUAGAAUGAAAGGUCGUUUUGUCAAGAGGACAUGCUUUGUUGGAGCCACUGACUUUCCAGCUUACCACUGACAUCAAUCAGCAGUUAACUUUCCCUGUUUGCUCUUCUGCAAAUUUGGAAUAUUGUCUAGUUUGGCUAUAUAAUUAAUUAAUAAUAUUAAUUACUGGGUCAGGUUUCACUAGAAUUGUUGCUUGGGGAUAUUUCUAUGUAUCUCUAGCAGGACUAGUGCUAAUGGUGAUCCUUCUCAGCAGCAGGUUGAAGACUUGGGUAAUCUAGUUUUGGAAGGCGCCUUUUAUUGUUCCUUAUUAGAAAAUUCAAUCAUUCCAUGCUGAUGCUAUGAAUACCUAGUAGAUUUUUUAGGAUACUGAUUAAAAUGUUUAAUAUCAGGUCGAGAUGACUAUUAAUUAUGAUUAUCUCCA